AUGUCUGAUGAAAGCAGUGACGAGUACUUUGCCAGUGCUGAUGAGGGGUCAGUUAACGAAGAAGAUGAAAUUGGGCAGUCCCAUGCAACACAGUGUGCGUUGAAGACUCCUCUACCAGGAAGCGAAGCUUGUGGAGGAAAAUUGGAAGCAACCUCCAAAGCGCCUACUGUGUUGGAUGAACAUUCAAAAUCAGGCUUUCCUUUACCGGUAGACGAGGCCUCCUGUGAUUUGGCCACCUCCUCCGUGGCUCCUUUAGUAAAACUGCGGUCAACGCCGCCUCAAAAACUUACUGAAUCAAUUUCAGUUGAACCAAAGCAUACCGAGCAGAAGUCAUCUGUCGCGUCAGCUCCCGUUACUGACUUAAUCUCUCGAGACAAUGUCACAGAGACAUUGCAACCGACAGCACCAUCCACUAAAUUGCACACUUCCGAAGGCCCAGUGGUCGAAGAUCCGAUUACUGAACUUGUUAAAGCGCUUGAUGCGUCGCCAAUCCCCUGCGCGUCUGAGCCUCUUCAUGUUGCUCCAGAGUCUGUCGUUGCUACUGAUGGGUCCUCGCCUACUCACUCCUCCUGUCAGCAAGAAUGCACGCAGAGUCACUUCGGCGCACCGCCAAAAACUACAUCAACGAGUUUGAAUGAGCACAGUCAUAGGUCCGAAUGGCAUGGAACUGGUGGAUUAAACCAACCAGAGCCAUCCUACCCCACUACUGGAAAUGAAAGAACCCACAUGACAUCCGCAAAUUUACUCGAAUCAGAAGAAGUCAACGCCUGGGAUGAUGAUAGCUGGGGUGAGGCCGAAAAGAUUGAGGCUGUUCGAGAAUCGUCUGAAGAACCAGGACCGCAUCUUAGUGUCGUUACUGAUUGUACGUUUUCUUCUUCCGGCGUCCCGACUCACCCCGGGAAAAUAAAACCUUCGGUUGAUAGGUUACGCCAAGAAUCUGCGACAAGGUCAGUCACGCAAAUACCUGAGGCAGAUCUAAUUGGGAUGCUUGACCAAGAGUCUUCUAGCGCAGGUGAAUUGAAGACAGCAGCACACUCUUUCCCUUCGAUCCAAGAGGUUUCUGCCUCAAGAGCUCAGCCAGUUCCUUUGGCGGUGGAUACCAAAGAACAAAACCGAGUGACACAUCCUACCGGCGAUCCUGCACCUGAACAAAUCGCCCUUGAUGCAUUGAGUUUAAACAGUAAAUGUGAAGCUGAGUGCGUCGAACAGUCGGUACAACCAUGUAAAAUUGCAGUAGCGGGCAAGCAUGAUCUCGAGACAGAGUCAGAGUCCACAAUUAACGUCGUACACAAGACCUCCUCAGCGAGUCAGGCAUCGGUCGAAGCGGAAGGUUGGGACUUGACCUGUGUUUCUGCUCUGCCCUCGCUACCGCAAACCUCCAAUUCUUCUUCUGGCAGAAAAGACAAAACUGAAUCAAACUAUUCUGUUGCAUUCAAACAGAUGCCAAACGACUGGGAGGCUGCUUGGAUUAACGAGGAGGAGGAGGAAGAAGAAGAAGAUGUAAUCAAGGCACCGCCUAACCUAGCCACACCCAGUCAAAAGAAGGAUACGCCCCCAGAACAAUGCGGAGGCGGGACUAGGUCCGAAGAAACCAAUGACGAUUGGGAUUUCGAUGAAUGGGAUUGCGCAGAUAAGACGCCAGCAGUAGCUGCUGCGAAGGUCACACCCAAGCCACCUACUCAGUCAGAAAUCGCUCAGAAAACUACUGACAGUUCCGGAGACGUUCCCAUCCUACCCGACUAUCUUUCAACGGCCGCCACUUCCCUGGUCAAAACUGUUGGCGGGGGAUUAGCUAGUUUUGUUGAUAACUUCAGUCUCUCCAAUCUGUCAUCCACAUUGGCGGCCUUUGAUGGAGCCCCUCCGUCUACCCAACAGCCUCCGUGUACCGACUCUCCCCGAAAUGAUGUCAAACCCCAAGAUGAAGCAGAGCCAAAGGAACCUGUGUUUCGCGGUCCCGCUGAAACAGAAACAAAAGUUGCAGUCGACGAUGGUGUAUGGGGUUUAGGUGGAAUGUCCUGGACCUCUUUUGCAAAGUCAUUUUCCUCGACUGUAGAGAAUACGGUCAGUUUUGCGUUCCAUAGUUGUUUCCUCACUUGCAUUUCCUUUUGA